AAGGUAAUUCAUUUCAUAUAUGAUCUAUUUGUUUCAAAUGCGGCUCCUAUUUACUCUGAUUAGAUAUUACUCCAAAAAAUGCCAAUUUGGGGCUCGGAAUUGACGAUUGUAGGCCCAGUACAGAGGGCCUUGAAUUUAUGUAAUGUGACAGUUUUUGGACAUUUUUGAAUAGCAUCAUCUUCUCAAAUACUACGUAGCCGAAACUCCUGGUUUAAAAGUUUUUCAUUCUGACUCCACCAAAAAGAAGAGAAAGCAAGGGGUGGGUGACAGGACAUGGAGGAGAGGCAGAGGCAUUUUGUGUUGGUCCAUGGAGCCUGUCAUGGAGCAUGGUGUUGGUAUAAGGUGGCAACUCUGCUGAAAUCAGCCGGUCACAAAGUUACAGCUUUGGAUAUGGCUGCUUCUGGAGUACAUCCUAAGCAGGCAGAUGAUAUCCAUUCAUUUUCGGAAUAUAUGGAGCCGUUGAUGGAAUUCAUGAUGUCUCUGCUACCAGAAGAGAGGGUGAUUCUAGUAGGUCACAGUAUGGGUGGCUUCAGCAUAUCUGCUGCAUUGGAAAGGUUUCCUGAGAAAAUUUCUGCUGGAGUCUUUGCUGCAGCUUUUAUGCCAGGCCCUGAACUCAGUCACACGACUCUAAAUGAAGAGUAUGCUAGACAAGUCGAUUCUUACAUGGACACACGACAUAUUUUUGCUGACGGACCAAAUAACCCUCCAACCUCCAUACUGUUUGGACCCAAAUUCAUGGAAACCAAGUUGUACCAGCUCUCCCCAACUGAGGAUCUGAUUCUAGCUACUCUGUCGAUAAGACCUUUACCUCUCCGUGGUGAUGCAGGAACACAAAAAGUAGUAGUCACCAAAGAGAAAUAUGGAUCAGUUCCUCGAAUUUACAUUGUAUGUGACCAAGAUAAGAUAAUAAAUGAGGAUCUACAGAGGUGGAUGAUAAAAAACAGUCCUACUGAUGAGGUAAAGGUUAUUGCUGAUUCUGAUCACAUGGUCAUGUUUUCCAAACCACAAGAGCUUUGUUCUUGCCUCCAAGAGAUUGCCAAAAAAUAUCUGUGAAAUUCACACUGGCUUGUGCUGUGGGAGCUUAAUGGGCCUGCUGAUACAGAACAGAAGAGAAGAAAGCAUGGAACAUAAUGUAAUUUGGAUGUUUAAACAUGGUUUAAUAAUACUAUCAAAUUGCUCAAUUUGAUACACUAAUUAAAUUUAAUUACAUAAUAAUACCAAUAAUGAUAAUAAUAAUGCAGCUUGCUUCA